AUGCAUCAUUGUCAGUUACACCCAGAUAUAAGAUAUUGCUUCCCUGACACAAUAAGACAAGUUAGUCUUGGUCUUUACACAAAGAAACCUUCACAUGUCUCGUGUCAUAUAUUUGCAGGUCUGCUGGGCAGCACCCGUUUCAUCGGCUCUACCCAAAACUACAGCACCCUGCUGUUGGAGGAGGAGGCCAGGCUGCUGUAUGUGGGAGGCAGAGGAGCACUCUACGUUCUCAACACAUCCAGCAUCUCCACACCUGCAAACCUCACAAUUGAUUGGGAUGCUUCCCCUGAACAGAAGAAGCAGUGCCUAAACAAAGGCAGAGACAAUCAGACAGAGUGUUACAACCACAUCCGCUUUCUGCAGCGAUACAAUGAGACUCACCUGUACGUCUGUGGAACGAACGCCUUCAGACCGCUCUGUGCUUAUAUCGAUGCAGAGCGUUUCAGCUUCUCUUCAGGUUUUGAGGAAGGCAGAGACAGGUGUCCGUAUGACCCAGCAAAGGGAUUCACCGGCCUCAUCGUAGAUGGCGAGAUGUUCACAGCCUCUCAGUACGAGUUUCGCAGCUCUCCAGAUAUUCGCAGAAACUUUCCAUUCCCCACACUCAGGACAGAGGAGGCGCCCACCCGGUGGCUUCUGGAGGCAAAUUUCGUGGGCUCUGUGCUGCUGAAGGAGAGCAUCAACAGCUCUAUCGGUGACGAUGACAAGAUUUACUUCUUCUUCACUGAGAGAAGCCAGGAGCAGAUUGCCUACCCGAGCCAGACCAAGGUGUCCAGGGUCGCCAGAGUAUGCAAGACUGACUGGGGAGGCCAGAGGACUUUGCAGAGGAAGUGGACCUCGUUCCUCAAGGCUAGAAUGGUGUGCUCAGUCCCAGAGUAUGAGCUGCACCUCAAUAUCCUGCGUGACGUGUUCGUCCUGCAGGAGCGAGACGCUCGCAGCAGCAUUUUUUAUGGUAUCUUUGGUCUGGAAUGGAAGAAUAUCAAAGCGUCUGCUAUCUGCCAGUACGCCUUUUCAGAUGUGCAGAAGGUUUUCGAAGGGCCGUACAUGGAGGUGCAGGACUCAAAAUGGAGGGAGUACACAGGAAAAGUCCCAGAUCCAAGACCUGGCUCUUGUAUAACAGAUCUACACAGGUCCCAGAACAUCAACUCGUCUCGAGAUCUCCCAGACAAUGUCCUCACCUUUGCCAGAAGGCACCCACUGAUGGCCAAACAGGUGCACCCAAUAGGUGUGCGCCCCCUCAUGUUCAAAAGAAGCGUCAACUAUGUCAAGAUAGCAGUGCACAAAGAGCCGGCACUGGAUGGAAAUAUUUACACUGUUCUGUUUUUGGGAACUGAUGACGGCUGGCUGCAUAGAGCUGUGGACAUCGAUGGAGAAAUCCAUAUCAUAGAAGAGCUGCAGCUGUUUGAUGAACCACAGCCCAUAGAGAGCCUGGUCAUCUCCUCAGCUCUGAGGAGUGUCUAUGUUGGGUCGCACUCUGGAGUCGUGCAGGUACCGAUGUCAGCCUGCAAGAGGUACACUUCCUGUUAUGACUGUGUGUUCGCCAGAGACCCCUUCUGCGGCUGGGAUGGGAAAGUGUGUGUGGAAAUAUCUUCACGUGCACAAAAGUCGAACCUAACCCAGGAUAUCUUGAGAGGGGUCAGGGGCUGCAAGGAGAAUUCAGGAAAUGUGGUCCAUCGGAGGCGCUCUGUGAUGUCGGGUGACGACGUGCUACUCCAGUGUGAACUACGCUCCAACCUGGCAACUCCACGCUGGACGCUAAACGGCAGGGAGCUCCAGGGAUACGACCUCAAUUCGGGCUAUCGGAUCGGCACAGAUGGCCUCCUCAUAAUCGGAGCUCGCACCCAGCAGAGCGGCAUUUACCGCUGCUUUGCUCUCGAGAACUCAGUCUCAGUUCUGGUCUAUCUCUACACAGUAAGGGUUCACACAGAGCCGUACUUCCCUGUGGAACCCACAGCCACAACUAACCCCACUACAAUUUUCAGCCCGACCGCUUUCUCUACCGGCAGCCCCACUGAGCAGCCCUUGCCCUCGCCUCCUGCCCCACUUCCUUCAAGACCUGAGUUUCAGACCUACAGACACAUGGAGGCCGUGUACAUCUCUCUGGUGGCGGUUCUCGGUGGGCUUUGCUUGGUGUUGACUGUGGUCCUUCUUUAUGUAAGCUUCUGCACUAGACGAGCCUCUCAGGAUCGGAAGUUCUCCCAGCAAGGUCUCCAGGUCCUAGGUGCCUCUGAGAGAAAAAGGAGCUCCCACCUUGAACUUAAAACCAUCUCAAGCCACUGCAAUGGCCGUCAGGGCCGUCGGUCCAUCUCAGUGCCGAGCUUUGGGGACCUGGGUGAUGGCUUCCUCCAGAUAGUGCCAGGUGAAGGCCAGAUGUCUCCAGCUAAAACACCUCCUCCGGCUCCUCCUCUUCCCAUGCCACCCCCGCUUCCCAACAUGGACUAUGCCAACGGGCUCUCGGCCACUCUGCCCAGCGUGCUGAGGAAGAUGAACGGAAACAGCUACGUGCUGCUGAGGCAGGCCGACCCUGACUGUAUGUCCCCGCUCUACCAUUCCUUCACAGAGGAGCUCAACAGGAUCCUGGAGAAAAGGAAACACACACAACUGGACUUGCAACCCGAUGAGAGUUCCAUCUAGGACACCCCUCUUAUGCUUCAUCCCACUGUUAUUUAUUUUUACCCUAGCGGUGAGCCGUACUUGUGGGGGAAACUGACUAUUUUAUGAAGUGCUGCUCUUAAUUGCACAGAGUACCUGCAGGUCAUGUCAUAACUUGGUCAGAAAUAUUCAGCCUGUUGUGUCUUCGGUGACAAAUGGCCCAGGAUUUCACUAAUCAGAGACUGCUAAAAUGUGGAGCUGUGAAAAAUUACUUCGACCAAGGAGCUUAAAGAUGAUACCUAAAGUGCAGACUCUCUGGAAGUUUCUGAAAGAUGGCAGUCAGACGACAAAAAAGGCAAUGUUACAAAAUAGGACAUGGAUACAAAAACUAAAUUAGGCCAGGAGGUGAUCAAGUAUUUCCGAGACUGUGGAGAGAUUCAAGAAGUUUUAUAACCAUGUAAUAUUAGAUAUCUGUGGAGCUUAAAGUGAUAGUUCAUCCAAAACAUGCUAAGCAUUAGGCUAUUUUGUAUAAAUUAAAAACAUGGCCUAAGAACAUUAGCACCUAAUGUGCUUAUAGCUUUACCACCCAGUCCUGUGUAUGAAGAUGCACCUCUUUGUUGCUUGUGACUGUGUUUGUGGACUGGUAUCAUCACAAACUGCACAGUGAGCCUUUCUAUGAGGUAAAAGAAGCUUUUUCAAGUGGC